UUAACCUCUAGCACAAAUCAUUUACGAUUAACUAUUGAAAAGUUGUUAAAUGGGCAAUCUGGUCGAAUAAUAGAUUAUUUAAGUGCCACAAUAAGUUUCAUAUCAUCAGCCUUAUAUAUUCUACAUACAUAUUUGGAUUAUAGUUUCUAUUGGUUGCGUUCUUUAGAUUUUGUAAUAUUGAUUUUAUAUAUAAUUGAAUUUAGUGUAAAAUUAUUUUCAGCCCCUCAUUCGAUAAAUUUUCUAAUAAAAGCAUCUUCGAUAGUUGAUAUAAUAUGUAUAGCUCCUAUUUUUGUAAUUAAUAGUUACAGCGAGGAUGAUUUUACGUCAAAAUUAAUAGAUGUGACUCGUGUUAUUAGGUUUUUGAGAGUUGUUAAUGUGAUUGGAAAAUAUUAUAAAAGCGCAGAUUCUGAAUUUUCGGGCGUUUCAAAUCAAUUUUUUGUUAUUCUUACUACACUAUUUACACUUAUAAUAGUAAGUGCAGGUCUUUUAUAAAUAUUUGAAACUGCAGAUAGGAAAUAAAAAUAUUAAGAUGAUAUAAAUAAUUAGUGUUAGUAAUUAGUUGGGUAUGAGUUUCCUAAUAAAUAAACUACUUUUCAUGAAAUGAUAUAUUUUGUAGUAGUAACUACAGCAACAGUAGGCUAUGGAGACAUAACUCCGAAGUCUGAAGAAGGAAGAAUUAUUGUAAUUAUAAUGAUUGUAAUUUUAAUAGUUUUAAUUCCUAAAUAAACUAAUGAAUUAAUUAACUUAAUGUAAAUGCAAAGUAAAUAUGCUAGAUUCAAAUAUUAAUCAAAUCCUGAUACUCCUCACAUUUUAGUUUGUGGUCAUAUAGAAGUAUCUGCCCUGAAAUUUUUUUGCAAGGAAUUAUUUCAUCCAGACCAUGGUGGAUAGGAUAAGCAUGCUAUUAUUCUAUAACAUAAACCUCCAUCUUAAGAAAUGGAAAAAUACUUACAUAAUCCUCAAUAUGAAGUCUUUUUACAUUAUAUAUAAGGAAAUCCAAUGCUUGAAAGAGAUUUAAAAAGGACUUCAGUUCAUACUUCAAAAGCUUGUGUAUUAUUAACUGACAAAUAUAUAACAGAUUCUCAUUCUGCAGAUCAUAAAAAUGUGCUUACUGCGUUGGCUAUUAAGAAAUUUGUCCAUCAUUCAACUAAUGGGGAUAAUAAUAUUAGACUUUGUAUAUAACUUAUUAAACCAGAAAGCAAAACACAUUAUUAUUCGGCUUUAUAAAAUAAAUCAAACGAUUUGUUAAUUGUUGUAGAAGAAUUUAAAAUGAAUCUUGUACAUAUAUUUUUAAAAAUAUAUUUAUAAAUUAAUAUAUAGUUAGCCAAAUCUUGUUUUUGUCCUGGAAUUAUUAGUCUAUUAGGAAAUCUUAUAUCUAGUGCAGGUGAAAUAGAUGAUUAAUAUAUAGAAGAAGAAUGGUUAAAAGAAUAUAUGAGAGGAAUGGGUCAUGAAAUAUACAGAACAGAUUUAUCAUUUAAAGCAUUUUUUUUUUUAAAAAAAAAUAUAAAAAAUAUAAAAAAAAAAAAGUUUGAAGGAAAAACAUUUACUGAAAUAGCUGCUACUAUCUAUACUGAAUAUAAUGGUAUUUUAUUUGGUAUAGAAUUAGAUGUAGGAGGAUAAACUAUCAUUAGAUUAAAUCCUGGACAUUAUGUUAUUCCUAAUACUCUAGAAAAUAAUGUCAAAUAAUUAUUUGAUGAAGAUAUUGAUUCUACAGAAAGUGAUUAUGUAUUAUUAUAAGAUUCUGUAUAAUUAAUUAAUGUUACUUUAAUAAGUAUUAAAGAUUCUACUAAAGUUACAAAUCAUAUAGUCUUAUGUGGAAUCCAUCCGUCUAUUUAUUAUUUUAUAUUACCAUUAAGAGCUAAAUAUUUAAAAGAAUAUUAAUAUAUAGUUAUAUUAUCAGAAGAAUAGCCAACUAAAAUAUGGAAUGAUAUAAAUAGGUUCCCUAAAAUAAUAUUUAUAAAAGGUUCUCCGUUAAAACAUGAAGAUUUAAUGAGAGCAAAUAUAAAUUUUGCAGAUAAAGCUGUAAUAUUUAGUAAAGAAGUAAAUAAAUUAAAUAAAGAAAUAGAUGAAAUGAUUGAUUCUGAAAGUAUUUUUAUAUUCAAGGCUAUAUAAAAGAUUAAUUAAAAUGUAUAAAUAAUGAUUGAGAUGGUUUAUGCUUCUAACGCAAUUUUCGUCCAAAAAAAAUCAUUGAUUAAUCAUUCAAAUAGUUAGUUAAAAACAGAACUUAUUCCUCUAUAUGCUGCUGGAUAAAUAUAUGUUUCACCUAUUAUUGAUACUCUUACGUGUUAAACAUAUUAUAAUCCUCAUAUUUUAACUAUACUUUAGUAAAUUUUGACUGGAGAUAAAUCUUCUUCAGCGGUUAUUAGAGCUAUUUGUGAUCAUGCGGAUUUACAUUAAUCCAAUUUAUGGUAAAUACCUGUUCCUGAAGAUUAUUUUAACAAAACUUUUGGUUAAUUGUUUCAUUACUUGGCAACAGAGAAAUGUUUGGUGGCUAUCGGAUUAUAUAGAUUAGCUGGAAGUUUAGAUAAUUCUUUUGCUUAUACGUAUACUAAUCCAAAAGAAAAUGUAUAUUUUAUAAAAAAAUAAUGUAUAAAAAUUAAAAAAAUAAGACAAAAAUUACACAUAGGGAUAAAGUAUUUGUUUUAGGACAUACAAUAUCUCAAGAAUUAUGUAUUUUUUAUAUUUGAUAAAAGUUAUAUAAUAAAAAAUAUUAAAAGUAAGUGUAGAUUAAAAUUAAGAUAGUAAUAUAGAUUAAGAUAAUAAAACAAAAAAUAUUUAAGAAAGUUUUAAUGA